AUGCAAAGCAAAGCGUGUUUCGUACUUCGAUCUAGCAUAGCAGAUACUACCGCUCAUUUAUGCUACGGAUACUACCCUCUCGAAGACCUGGCAUACAGCAAGUACAGCACAUUUUACCUCGUCACAAUUCCACGCCUGCCCCGGUUCCUGAGCUUCAGCCGUGAUCCUCGCCUGACGACCCCGGCCACCAAAAGCGACAUACAUAUCAACCGCAUCCACAAUGCACCACUUCAACGCGGCAGACAACCAUCCAGAAGCCGCCAGCAGAUGGGUUUCGUGGAUCCCUAUGGCGGGCCGUAUGCGCUCCCGCCACCUCUCCGACCCAUGGACAGGCACUGUCAGGAGUACGGAAUACUGGCACCAUAUUUCUACUUCACGGCGUACUCCGUACGUAUGAUCCAGAUCUUCAGCCGCGACUGCUUCGACUGCUUCUCAUCAUCUCUAAAGAUAUCGUACGGAUACCAGACAGACCAAAGGCCCCGAGUCCCGCCGUUGAGAAAACAAAAAGGCCAAGACCAUUUUGGUGGAGAUGCCGCAGGGAAGUCCAGCACCUUAAUCAGGACAAAUGAGCUGUGGCUGGUUGGCCCAGCUGAAAUAGGGGAUGGCUCCUCGACCGGUUCCAAGCCAGCCUCUAGCUUCGGUCAAACCAUCGCUGACGGUCGUCUUAGCGUUUCUCAACUUCAGCUGCAAACCAAGCCAAAGAGGUCACGGGCUUUGGACUCGUGCCUGUCUCAAACAUGGAACAUCGAUGCUGCAGCGCUGCUACUCUGUCCGUACUGCUCCAAGAUUCCGAGUCGCAGAAUCUGGAUCCUGUCUACUCCGUACCAAUCUUUGUAUAAGAGCAGGAGAAAACACUCGCAAUAG